AUGGCGGAGCACGCUGCGAAGACAGGCGAAUCUAGAGCACUUUUUCAGUGUGUGAAGCUUCUGGCAGGCUCGAAGCCCUCUGGUAGGCUGCGGCUCAGGGAUGAAAGCGAAGGCCUGGUUGCUGCUGAAAAGGAGUGCGAGGUUCUAAGGCAGUAUGCAGCGGAGCUCUUCAGGGGAGAGGAAUAUGAGCCUCCCAGCCUUCAGCGGAUUCCAGAGGAUUGGCUAGACGUGUGGCGAUGGAGCAAGGCACUUGCGGAGCUCAAGUCUGGGAAAGCGGUCCCUCAUGGGCAGCCGAAAAUUGCUGCGUGGAAGGAUCCUGGCAACGUUUUUUCUGAGGAGUUGAGUGCUAUCUCUAAGCUGGCCCUGUGUGGCUCCCAGCCUCAUGUGCCGGUAGGGUGGUGUUCUGUUCAGUUGGCCUGGCUUCCUAAGCGCCCUAAGCCCCCUACGCAGCCGAAUCACUUGAGAAGUGUAGGGCUCACGCCGGGAGAUUCGAAAGCUUUCCUUCUGGUGCUCAAGGAGCAUCUUAGUGAGUCAGUCUAUGCUGCCCUGGGUGACACACCGCAGUUUGCCUAUCGGAAAGGGAUGGAUACCCACAAUGCCAUACUGCGUGCAACUCGGCACUGCUAUGGAGUGCGGACCCUCCUGCAGCAGAGCAGGCAGGACCACACAAGCAGGGUUGCGGGUGGGGCCAGGUGUCGGUUAGCAGGGGGCAUGGCUAUCAGUUUGGACUUAGCCAAAGCAUUUGAUUCUGUACCACACAUUGAGAUACAGAGAUCGCUUGAAGAGCUGCAGAUUGAUCCCCGCCUGAUUGCCAUUGUCAUGCGAGUGCACACUCAGACGCAGUGCCGGAUACGGCAAGCAGGCAGGGAAGCAACCACCAUGAUGACACGUGGCCUUUGGCAGGGUUGCCCCUUGGCGCCAGUUUUGUAUGCGGCUUGGGCUUCGCGGCUGUGUAGGAUUGUGGAUGACAGACUUGGAGCAGGAUGGUGUAAUCAGCGCAGCAUAUUUGCUGAUGAUACCUUGGGGUACUGGGUGAUUCGUGGCACGGGGGACAUGCGCAGGGCUAUUCGUGAACUUGGUUGUCUUUUUUCGGUGAUUCGUCAGCUGGGGCUUUUGAUUAACUUUGACAAGUCGGGGGUACUGCUGGCACUCCCAGGAACAGACAAGGCUUCUAUGCUGAGGGCUUGUACGUGUCAGUGGCGCGGACUGCAUCAGUUACGGGUUCCGAGUGAGGGCCUCACAGAAUAUGUGCCGAUCGUCAGUGAGCUGAACUACUUGGGCAUUGUUUUGGGAUAUUCUGGGUAUGAGCACGCCACAGUUCAGCAUCGGCUUGGGAAAUCUCAGCAACGCUUUGGGCAGCUAAGCAAGGUGCUCCGAACUCGCAGCAGCUUUGGCCUCCUGGGCAGGUUUUGCGAAUCUACGUCCGGGGUCUCCAACGAAGAGGUCCUGAGUAGAGCUGGUAUUGAUCCCCACAUGGAGCUUCUUCAAGCCUCGGAGCUGUUGCAGGGUCGACUGGAAGCGGAUACCAGAACCGCGGAGGCCAAGGUGCAUGAGAUGGAUCAGAUUGCGCUCAACAUACAGCGUCUGCGAGGCAUCGACCAGACACAGCAUGGCGCCUCCCUCAUUGAAAUCGAAUCCACACCUGGUGCGGGCCACAGCUGUGACGUUUGCGGACUCAGCUUUGCGUCUGCGGAUGGUCUUGCUAUGCACGUGAAGCAUCGGCGUGCGCAGGUACAUUUGGAGAUGUGGAAGGUGGUACUGCAGCAAGAGCAGGAAGACCCCCCGGAGCCGCCGCAUGGUCUGGAGGCGGUAUCCACAAGUGAGUUUCAGCGGCUGCUGUCACGACCUCUUUCGGAGGUGAUACUGGACACGAGCUGGAUGGGCCCAUUGCGGAUGGCGUGCUCUCUCUGUGGUCAACAUCUCAUAGACAUGCAGCGUAUCAAGACUCACUGGCAGAUGACGCAUAAGGUUGCCUGGCGGUUCGUCAAGGGGGAGAUCCUUGGUGAUAUGGCUGCUCUCCGCUCCGCCAUACGGCGGCCAUGCCAGUACUGCGGAAGCGGGGCAUCUGAUGUCAACGCACACAGCCGACAGUGUCCGGUUUUGUUCCAGCUUCUUGCCACCAGGUCCUUGCACCAGAAGGGGAGACUGAUAGAGGCCCGCUCACAGAGCGCCAGCGUGAUCGAGAGGCAGGACAAGAACCAACCUGCCUAUGCGGCGUACUCUGUUGAGUCUUCACCGAUUGGUCAGGCUCUGGGACUAUCCAGGGGCAGCAAAGCAAGCGCGGUGAGAAGGAGUGGUGUGGCUGAGUUGGGUCUCCCUCACUCUGAUGGUGCGGGUCUUUCUGUUUCGCCUGUCUUCGGAGCUACGUUUUCGCGGAGUUUCUGGACACUCAAGCUGGUCCUCCUCAACCCAGGUAACCACUGCUACGCGAACUCCAGCAUUUUGGCUUUGUGUCACGCGUGCUCGAUGGCCAGGUCCACUCCUGCUAUGCUGCGGCCUUUGCUGGAGCACCUACGUUCGAAGGCUUAG